GACUCUGGGGACCUCUUGCUGCCUGCUAGAAGCUUCCUCUCUGCCCCGCAUACCAGACUGUCCUUUCUGUCUCUUGCAGGAGCCUUGAACAUGGAUAGUCCGUGGCUGAUGGUCUCUGCAGCUCACAGGUAGUACAGGCCACAUGGAGCUGUGUUCCAAGCUGUCCUGGAGCUGAUGCUGGGCAAUGCCUGGACCCUAAAGGACCUGGUGGUCAUUGUGGCCUGCAGGAGUCAGGGCCCCACCAGGGAAGGCAAGAUCGAGGUCUACACUCCAGCUACCACCUACCUCCAGGUUUCCAUGGUGAUGGUCUUGGCACAGAGCCUCUUCCGUAGCUGGAGCAAAUUCGAGUCAGCCUGGAAUGUAGCAGUGCAGGAUGAGAUCCAUGCUGAGAACAACCAGGACCAUAAGAUCCUGCACUGCUGGUUGGAACACCCCCAGCAGGAGCUGAACCUAACAGUGGCCUAUAGGCACCUGGAGUGGGUGAGAGCCCAGGAGGCCCAUGCAGUCAAGAGAGCACCCAAUCCCUUACCUGGCUCUCCCACCUCUCUCCCUGCUUGGGAUAGAAAAGGGCUUUUUGCCACUGGCUUGGCCUGUGACCUUAGGCCUCUCUGAGCCUCUCUUUCUCUCUUUCC